GCGGUGACGUCACGGCGGCGAUGGCGGGGCCGGGCCGGCGGUUCCCGGUGCCCUCAGAGCCCCGCGGCGGGGCCGCCUCCAAGUGGGACAUCCGGGAGAAGGUGUGGGAGCACCUGGAGGCCGCCGGCCUGGCCGAGUUCCCGCGGCCCGUGCGCGGCCGCAUCCCCAACUUCAAGGGUGCCUCCCAUGCUGCCACGAGGCUUCUGAGCUUGCAGGAGUUCAAAGCUGCCACUACUGUAAAAAUAAAUCCUGAUGCUCCCCAGAAGAAUGCUCGCUUCCUAACGCUGGGAGCAAGGAAGACUUUGCUGGUUCCCACACCACGCCUGAGAACUGGGCUGUUCAAUAGGAUUGUUCCCCCUCCAGGGGCGACCAAGGAGAUCCUGCGAAGAUGUGCCACAUCUCAGGGUGUAAAAGAGUACAGUGUGCCUGUGGGGCUGGAUGGGAAAGCACGAGUGGACUUGGUUGUUGUGGGAUCAGUGGCUGUCUCUGAAAAAGGCUGGAGAAUUGGCAAAGGGGAAGGUUAUGCAGACAUGGAAUAUGCAAUGAUGGUGUCCAUGGGGGCAGUGCAGGAGGACACACCYGUAGUUACCAUUGUGCACGACUGCCAGGUGCUUGACAUAGCAGAAGAGCUCCUGGAUGAUCAUGAUUUAACUGUGGAUUACAUUCUCACUCCAACAAGGACUAUCCAGACGAAUUGCAAGCGACCAAAACCUCAGGGAAUAAUGUGGCACAAGGUCAGCUCUGARAUGCUGGGAAAAAUCCCCAUCCUAAAGACUCUUCGAUCCAGGGAGAAGCAGGCUGGCAAGGAUGUCACCCUCCAAGAUGAACACCCAGAAYUGGCAAACACCACCAGAGCAGCAGUUUCAAACAAGAAAGUGAUGGCUGCAAAUACCCAACCUCAGGCUGCUCCAGUGGGACAACCCCAUGUGGAAAGUGAUCCUGGAAAUCCCAGAUUGGAGGGAUCUGACACAAUGACCACUGUGUAUGUGGGGAACUURCCUGCCAGCCUGAGAGUGAGCGAGCUGAAAAGUGCUCUGAGGGAAUUCCAGGUGACUCCUGUCCGAUUGARCUGGCAGGGAGCACAGCACAGGGCAUUCCUGGAUUACAGGGAUAAAGGAACUGCAGACAGAGCCRUGUCCUCCUUGCAAGGCCUGAGCCUUGGGGGCAAUGCUCUGAGAGUGGAGCUGGCAAAGAGCCAGAGGAGCAAAGGGCAAGGAGAAAUCAAUAGUCACAAAUGAGUAUGGAGGAGAAAAAACAACAAAAAAAAAGGAUGUUUUCAGUUUUUGUGAGAAGCCAACCUCUGUGAUAGUGUGAUAUGAUUCCUUUGCUGAUGUGAAAUUGUAUUAAUUACUGGAGUGGGAACAAAAAGCAGAUACACCAUGGUCAAAACUUGUCRGUGCCUUGUCUGGCAUGGAAUUCUUGGGCAAGUUGCUGGAGAUUGUAGCAGAUCCUGUUCCUCUGUGCCUUUAUCACCAUCUCUGUGGCUCUUCUACAUCAUCAGAGGUGAGGGUGAGACAGCAUCACACAACUUCUCCAGGUGCAAGCACUCCCAGGCACUGGCCUGGACAUGACCAUUCCCCUCCAGUGUAAGGAUAAAUGCUCAUUUAUCUGGUAUGGCUCUUAUUACCUUUUUUGCUGCCUUUGGUUUCCUAUUCCUGAAAAACAAAUUGAAUUUUGGCCGAGCCAUCCUUUCUAAACAGAAGCACUUUUGCCAGUGAUGCUGGGCGUGUAGUCAAAGUAAGCAUCUAAAUGAAUUUCUUUUUUUU